UUCAUGGACAUUUAGGUUGUUUUGAUUUUUAAAUUAUCAUAAAAAACGAUGUCCUGUGACUUACCUACUUGUUCAUGAGCACGUAAUUCUGUAGGAGAGAUUCCUAGAAAGGAAGUUGACCAGACACUGACAAAUUGCCCCAAGCAGUGUUCUGCGAACCCUCCCGCCUAUGGCCUAGGGAUGCUUCUCCACAUCCCCACAGAGUAGAUGUUCUCAAUCUUUAAAAAUGCUCUCCAGUCUGAUUGGCAAAUCAGGCCACCUCUGUAUUUCACAUUCCUUGCUUAACAACAAAGCUGAGCAUUGUUAAUAUAUUCGUUAGUCAAUUGUGUUGCUUUUCCUAUGGAUUGCUUUUUUGUAUCUUUGCUUAUCAUUUCUGUUGGGGUGCUCAUUUCUCUUACCAAUUUGUAGAAAUUCGCAGCUACAUCAUGGAUCUGAACCCCUUGCUAUAUGUGUCACACAUGUUUUUGGCUUGUCUUUAUUUCCAUGGCACAUCUAGGAAGAUGUGAACAGCCACUGUGGCCCCGGUUUUGGGAUGGAGAGACAGCUCUUCCGAGAGAGGGCAGCCAAGGUAAAGAAACACAGAUGAGCCAUGGAAAGAGGGCAUCUGUCUUCAGUCACCUGUGCAGGCUCAUACAUAGAUUCUUACGACCCAUCAACGGGGGAAGUGUAUUGCAGAGUGCCAAAUAGUGGAAAAGAUGAGAUCGAAGCCGCGGUCAAGGCCGCCAGAGAAGCCUUUCCCGGCUGGUCAUCCCGCAGCCCCCAGGAGCGCUCGCGGGUCCUGAACCAGGUGGCGGAUUUGCUGGAGCAGUCCCUGGAGGAGUUUGCCCAGGCCGAGUCUAAAGACCAAGGGAAAACCUUAGCACUGGCAAGAACCAUGGACAUUCCCCGGUCUGUGCAGAACUUCAGGUUCUUCGCUUCCUCCAUCCUGCACCACACGUCGGAGUGCACGCAGAUGGACCACCUGGGCUGCAUGCACUACACGGUUCGGGCCCCGGUGGGAGUCGCUGGUCUAAUCAGCCCGUGGAAUUUGCCACUCUACUUGCUGACCUGGAAGAUAGCUCCAGCGAUUGCUGCAGGGAACACUGUGGUGGCCAAACCCAGUGAGCUGACCUCAGUGACGGCGUGGAUGUUGUGCACUCUCCUGGAUAAAGCAGGGUUCCCUCAUCCUGCGUCCUGUCUUCAACGCCAGAAAGGUGCUACUGCAGGUGUUCCACCAGGUGUGGUCAAUAUUGUGUUUGGAACUGGGCCCAGGGUGGGUGAGGCCCUGGUGUCCCAUCCAGAGGUGCCCCUGAUCUCCUUCACCGGGAGCCAGCCCACCGCCGAGCGGAUCACCCAGCUGAGCGCUCCACACUGCAAGAAGCUCUCCCUGGAGCUGGGGGGCAAGAAUCCUGCCAUCAUCUUCGAGGACGCCAACCUGGAUGAGUGCAUUCCGGCAACCGUCAGGUCCAGCUUUGCCAACCAGGGUGAAAUCUGUCUCUGUACCAGCAGGAUCUUUGUCCAGAAGAGCAUCUACACUGAAUUUUUAAAGAGAUUUGUAGAAGCUACCAGAAAGUGGAAAGUCGGCAUUCCCUCUGAUCCAUUGGCCAGCAUGGGUGCUCUGAUAAGUAAAGCACAUUUGGAGAAAGUCAGAAGUUACGUCAAGAGAGCUCUUGCUGAAGGUGCCCAGAUUUGGUGCGGGGAGGGGGUGGAUAAGUUGAACCUCCCCGCCAGGAGCCAGGCAGGCUACUUCAUGCUUCCCACGGUGAUAACAGACAUUAAGGAUGAAUCCUGCUGCAUGACGGAAGAGAUAUUUGGUCCAGUGACGUGUGUCGUCCCCUUUGAUAGCGAAGAGGAGGUGAUUGAAAGAGCCAACAACGUUAAGUAUGGGCUGGCAGCUACUGUGUGGUCCAGCAAUGUGGGACGUGUCCACCGGGUGGCUAAGAAGCUGCAGUCUGGCUUGGUCUGGACCAACUGCUGGCUCAUCAGGGAGCUGAACCUUCCUUUCGGGGGGAUGAAGAGUUCUGGAAUAGGUAGAGAAGGAGCCAAGGACUCUUACGACUUCUUCACUGAGAUCAAAACCAUCACCGUUAAACACUGAUCUUUGCUAAUGGUGGAGCCACUAUGGCCGAUGCCUGGCUGCUGGGAUCAGUUGUUCAACGUGUUGGAUGAAAAUCACGGCAUGAAUUCCAGCUAUGCCUUGACUUGGCAGAAGGAUAUCUCUAGCUUAUCCUCAGUUCUUAGUAAUUUUACCCACUAGUGAAGAGAUACUGUCUAUUUUCAAUGUGGACUCAGAAGAAAAGACUUCUAAGUAGGAAGACAGAACAAUGAUGCCAAACAGUUGUCAAGCUCCUCCCAGGUUAUGUUUUUAUAGUGUUUCUUUCAUCAUCUUCAUUGAACUCUUCGGAACCUCCAGACAAUCAGAUUAUUUCAUUUGCAAGUAUAUGGUAAAUUUUAAAAAAAUCUACAAUCAGGCACAGUGCCUCCUGCCUAUAAUCCCAGCACUUUGGGAGGCCAAGGCGGCGGAUCACUUGAGUUCAGGAGUUCGAGAUCAGCCUAGGCAACAUGGUGAAAUCCUGUCUUUACCAAAAAUUUAAAAAUUAGCUGGGUGUUGUGCCCUCUGCCUAUAGCCCCAGCUACUUGGGAGUCUUAGGUGGGAGGAUCACUUGAGCCCGGGCUGUUGAGGCUGCAGUGAGCCAUGAUCAUGCCACUGCAUUUCAGCCUGUGGGACAGAGUAAGACCUUGUCUUUAAAAAAAAAAUGCUACAAACCCCAAAAGAAACAAAGAGCCAUAAUUUGCCAUCUUUGGAGAUGUUCUCCUUGUCUAUUAACCACUAGCAUGGCUAAUUGAUCUUUGAUUGUACCUCAUUACAUAAGGAGGCAGUGGAUGUCUUUGGAAUUUGUUAGGGGAAGCUUAUGUGGUAAGCUCUACUAAAUGUAUCUCUACAAGGAUGAAGAAAAACAAAAUAACUACCACUUUUGGAGGAAACUUGGAACAAGAAGAGGACAUAGUUUGAUCUAUUCCUAUGGUCAAGUCCAAUCAAUUCCAUUUCUUAGUGUGUGCAUCUAGUGAGGCUUACAACUUACUAACUCCAAAAGAAGCAAUAAAUGUUAAACAAUUUUAGUAACCAGUAUGGCAUGUAUCUUAUUUUUGAAUGCAUUCCUCCUUAUCCCCAUCCUCUUAGGAAUAUGGACGUUUUACUAAGUAAUAAAGAUUUCAAAUGCUU